GAUUUCCGUAACCCGUCACCCCCGGUCUCCCUGCCAGAGUUCCGUCUUCUUCUCUCACUGUGCGUUUCAUUCCACACUGACCUGACCCUACCAAAGCGAAACAAGAAGACGUGCCGCCUACAACCGGGCCGGAGCCGCAGUCCACAGCGCUUCCCCUUAAGGAACGCCUUUACAUCUCGACAAUAACAAUAAUAACGAGGACACCACCGCAGAAUGGCGCUGGACAUGGCUGACUCACAGUACCUUCUCAUCCUGGCACCGUCGCUGGUAAUUGCUCUCAUGUUCCUCUUUUUCUGGCUCUUCAUGAAAGAGACUUCCUACGAUGAGGUUCUGGCCCGCCAGAAGCGAGACCUUAAACUGCCUCCCGCCAAGCCAGAGGCUCGUAAAAAGACAGAGAAAAAGAAGAACAAGAAGAAGGAGACCGGCGGAAGUGGAGUGGGAGGAGGAGGUGGAGGGGGCGAGUCGGAGGAAGACCUGAGGGAUUUCGAUACAUCUGAUGCCACUAGCCCAGCCUCAAAUGAUGAGGAUUCUGAGGUGGUAACCGUGAGUCCACCUGUUGCUGCUCCGGUCCUGGCAGAACCCCCAUCCGGGAUAAGAGAGAGGAAGAAGAAAGAGAAGAAGCCAAAAGCUUCUCCAACUGCUGCCCCAGCUGCUGUCCCAACGGUUGUACCCCUUUCCCGUACCACCCCAACUACCCCUCCUGCCUCAGAAGAACCGGCAGUCAAUGGUUCCAAACCUGCUGUCCGUAAAGAGCAAGCCAUCCCGCUGACCAAGCAAUCCAGCCCACCGCGGCCUCAGGCCUCGCCCCCUGCCCACACUGAGACUACCAGCAAAAAGAAAGCCAAGAAGCAGAAGAUUGAGUCUGAAGAGCAUCCACCUGAGGUCAAGCUCGAUCUGUCUCCUCCUGUUUUGAAAGAGGAGCCUGUGAUCCUGGAGGUAAAGGUACAGGACGGUGCCGCCCCUGUUGUUACAGCAGCACCACCAGCUGCCUCUAGUGGCAGUGGGCGUAGGAAGAAGAAGCAGAAGGUGGAAGCUGUUGUCACAGUGGAUGAGGCACAUGUCCAGUCCUCUGCCCCAGUCACUCAGACUGACUCUGCUGCCCCGACAAACCACCAGAGCAACCAAAACAACGAGACUCCGCCUCCUGCUCCUGCACCCACCAAACAUGGCAAGAAGCAGAAGAGUGAAACCAACAAAGAGAACUCUGAGGUGAAGCUGAAGGAGCUGCUGGCCAGUCUGAGUGGACUGGUGCUGUCAGAUUCCGAUGUGGUCAGUCUCGUCUCCCUGCUAAGAGACAAGAGUCCCAAUGCUUUGGACAACUGGUACAAGACCGCAGCUAAGUUUGAGCCUUCGGCCCAGCAGCUCGCAGAGAAAGAUCGUCUUCUGAGCACGCUACAGGAGGAGGCGUCCAUCGCCAAAGGCAAAGUUAAACAGUUAAGCCAGGAACUGCAGGCUGAGAAGCAGAAGACAGGCCGUGUGGAGUCUAUGCUGCAUGAUCAUCGUGUUGCCAGAGACAAAGAAAUCAUGCAGGCUAAAGCUCAGAGCUACCAGGAGAUGCAGAUCAAGUUCCAACAGGUAAGAGAGCAGCUGGAGAGUCAGAUCGCUCGGCUGCAGCAGGAGAACGGCAUCCUGAGAGAUGCUGUGGAAAGAUGCUCCACCACCAACCAGAUGGAGUCCAAGCAGUCAUCCGAGCUGAAUAAACUGCGUUCAGAAUACAACGGCCUGAUGAAAGAGCUAGCAGAGACCAAAAACAAGCUUCAGCAAGAAGAGUUGCAGCGGAAGGGUCUAGAAGUCAACUACAAGCAGAAUGUGUCCCAGCUAGAGGAAGCGAAACAUAGAUGGGAAGAUCUGCAGAACUAUUUACACAACGUGAAUGCAGAGAGAGAAAAGGUCCAGGCCGCUAAACAAGAGCUGCAGAAUAAGCUGAUGGCAGUGGAGAGUGAGAUAACCACUAAAAACAAGGAGAUCCAGAAUCUCCACAGCAGCCUGAAAGACUCCAUCUUCUUUAAGGAGCAGGAGCAGCAGAAGGUCAUGCAGCUGGAGCAGAAGGUCAGGCAACUGCUGGAGGCGUCAAAGCACUCCAUGCAGCCUGACGACCAACUACAGGAACAAGUCCAGGAUCUUCUUAACGAAAACAAAACGCUGAAAGUUCAGAUUGAUAAUCUGCAGACUCAGCUCAACACUCAGGCUACGACAGUCUCACAUUUCGAUGAGCUUCAAAAACUGCUGGCUGAAAAAGAGCUACAGAGAAAGAGUCUAGAAGAUUCUCUGAAUGCUGAGAGGAGCAGCGGCGCCAGCAGGGAGACCAACAUGCAGGCCAUGCACAAUGAGAAUCAGACAUUGAAGGCAGACCUUCAGAAUCUGCAGGCACAGAUUUCUGAGCAGGCUGUAUCUGUGGAUCAACUUCAGCAGAGCCUUCUUCAACGUGAUGAGAAGGUUAAAACGGUGGAGACUUUGCUAGAGUCCAGUCUCAUUCAGAUGGCCAAUAAGGAAGAGGAACUAAAGGUGAUCAGAAAUGAGUAUGAAGGUUUGAAACAACAAUUAGAGGCGGUACAGAAACAGUCCACAGAACAGACAAAGUCAGAGAAGGCACUAGAAGAGCUACAGCAAAAGAUUCAAGAGAAGGAUGAAAAAAUUCGAUCAGUUGAGGGAAGUUUGCAGUCAGCAAUGGACAAAGAAUCAGAGAGAAAGAAGGCAGUGGAGGAUCUACAACAGCAGGUUGAAGCUCUAAACACUGAACUUGCUCAGCUGAGGAGCAAAGAAACUCAGGAGUCAAACUCAGACUUGAACGCUAAACUUCAGGAGCUUCAUGCUCAGUUGACGGCCAAGGAUCAGGAUGUUGAGAGACUGCAAAGAGAAUUGGAGGAGAAGGAAAUGCAACAGCAACAGCAAACCGUUUCGGCAGCUCCCAGUCAGGAAUUAUUAACAGCGCUGUCAGAGAAGGACACGCGGCUAUCUGAACUUCAGGAAGAACUGCUUGAGUUGAGGGAAUCAGUGGAACUUCAUCGUAAGAAGAACAACGAGCUACGGGAGAAAAACUGGAGCGCUAUGGAGGCGCUGUCAGCCACCGAGACCAUACUUCAGGGAAAACUCACCAAGAGCGCCAAGGAGCAUCAGACGGUGCUGGAGUCAGCGGAGGCAGAAUGCAGAGCAUUGCUGCACAGACUCCUGCCGCACGUGCCACUGCCCACCGACCAGAACCACCAGCAGUGGCUGCAGAAGUUUGAGACGUCCAUGAGAGAGAGCUCGGCUGGAGAGGUGUCCUCUGGAGACUCCCAGGCUUUAGCAGAAAAGUUGAAGGAGGCUGAGGAGGCCCAGAAAGUCUUACAGAAAGAUUGUGAGACAUACAAGAAAGUGCUAGCGGAGACGGAAGGGAUCCUGCAGAGGCUACAGAGCAGUGUGGAGCAGGAGGAGACGCGCUGGAGGGAGAAGUUGGAGCAGUCACAGGCUGAUCACAAAGAGAUGACUCAGAGGGUAAUUGCACUGGAACAGGAAGUGGACAGACUGAGCUCAGAUGGAGAUGUGGAGAGUCUAAGAAGAGACAAACAGCACCUUGAGGCUGAACUGGAGAGAGCGGAGCGUGAGAGCGCCAUCUACGUGUCAGAGGUCCGAGAGCUCAAAGAUCUCUUGACCGAGUUGCAAAGCAAACUCGACGGCUCGUACACAGAGGCCGUCAGGCAGAAUGAGGAGUUGAAUUUGCUUAAGACUCGGCUGACUGAGACGUUGUGUAAGCUCGAGACGGAGGAGACUGAGCGACAGAAAGUGGCUGGAGACCUUUAUAAGGCCCAGCAGUCUUUGGAACUGAUUCAGGCAGAGAUUGUUAAAGAAGCAGGCCAAGCUGACCUGAUAGAGACCAGCGGCCUCACGCAAACGGAGGAGAUUGACCGUAAGGAGAAGAUGACUGCAGGGUUGAAUCAGACGGUUCAGGAACUACAGGAACUACUUCAGUCUGUCAACAGACAGCUUACCAAGGGACAUGAAAGGGAUGAUGGGGAUAAAUUAUACUCUAAUUAUAAACUGUAAAGAAAUGGAGGAAGGCUUCAGUGUGCUCUCAUAAAGCCACUUGACAUCGAACCACAGUAACCCACUGUCAGAUUCCAGCCCUGUUUACUACACCUGAUCUACUAUGUGAUCUCCAGUUAAAGCAUCCCACGAUUCCUGCACACUCCAACCUGGGGUCCCAUUCUCCCAGAAAGGCGCUGACGGACCCUGACGACGUGCACUCAGUGAACCGGAUCCUUUCUCAUGCUAUGUCAACUCCUCUACCUGCAUUCCUCAUAUUCAGUAGACUUAAAGAGUAAAAGCAUCCGACAGACGAGACGCUUAGACUCGUUAAUGUUUCAUUUGACCAUUUUCCAGUCCGAAUACUUUGAAUACUACUUUUUGUUAGCUCUCUUUGACCAGAGAGGUUUUUAUCCUUUCGUAUAAAGAACAUUGAGGAUAUUUGUGUUGUUUUAAAUAUAAAAUAACUGUUAGGAUCUACUGACGCUCACUAUGUGUUUUCAGCUCUUGUUUUGAAACCCUAAACUCAGAGGCACAUGCAAGAGAUCCGUUUAAACCAAUAAAUGCUUUUCCUGACUAAUUAUGCUGAAUUUAUUAUUUGUUUUCCGGGGGGCCUGUUGUGAUGAGGGAUAUAUUAUGGGAUCAUUGGUAAAAGACGGGUUAAUUUAAUUGCAUCCUCCUUAUCUGUUAUCAUCACACUCUAUACUGUUGCUAAUUUCAUUAACACUGAUAAUCAUUUUUGUAAAACAGGUGACCAGUAAUAAAAGGGAUGCUUGAUUUAAAAA